CAAAAAUAAUUAUUUAAAAAAAAAAAACAGUGAAGAUGUUAAGCUAGUCAAACUUUACUGGAAAGAAGGAAAGACUAUAAUUUUUUUUUUAACUUUGCCUCCAGUGGACACUGCCUGCACUGCUCUUACCUAAACCCAUUUCUUUGGCUACAAGAAGGAAAUGCAGCCCUGCUGACUGGAUCAGAGAAAAAAGAAACAUCCUGAUCUGUACCCUUCUGUGCAGGUAACAAUUUCAGGUUCAUAUAAGAUGUCAACCAUUAAUCUAUUUCCCCUCUGACCUCUGCCUGUUUCUCUGUGAGAAAUAAUGACAUGGAAAGGAUGGUGCUGGGACUUUCAACAACCUGGUUACAGGGAGCAGUGAACUUUAAAGAUGUGGCUGUGGAAUUUACAGAAGAGGAAUGGAUGAUGCUGGACUCUACUCAGAAAUAUGUACAGAAAUGGGAUGUUGGAAAACUACCAAAUCUCACCUCAGUGGAAUAUCAUUUAUACAGUCUUGGUGUGACCUCUCUGUUGGGUCAAGAAGAGCUAAGAACUAUAAGAAUUUCCCAAGACACCUGUUUAGAGUGGAAGAUUCAACUUAUAACCAAAGAACCAACUCCAAAGCAGACUAUUUUUUUGGCAAAAUCAUUCAGUGGAGUGAAAAUAACUAGAAUGGCUGACAUAUGUCCUCCACAGUAAGAAAAGACUGGGAGUGCCAUAAGAUCAGAAAGCAACAUGAGAGUCCAGAGGGAAAUACAAGGUAAGUGACAUCUACCUAAAAGAAAAGAGCAUCUCAGGAGAGACUCUGUCAGGAAUUAGAGGAAAGCUCUCAAUUUAGAUCAAAGACUGUUUCUCACAGAAUUGCUACCCAUAAACAUUCCUGCAAGUGUUACUUAGAUACUGAAUGCUUGGAACAUAAUCCAAUUCUAGAUAAUUAUAAGGAAAAUUCUUUAAGGGAGCACCUCUGUGAAAGUUAUGAAUAUGAUGGAGCUCUGUGGCAUUUAAAAAAAAAUCAAACACAAAAAGAGUGCUUGUGCUCCAAAGACAUCAAACAUUAUAUGCUUUCUGUACAUAACAGCUUUCAUAUGGUGGCAAAUUCCUGUGAAUACAGUAAAAACAAAACCUUUUGCCAUCAUUCAUCUCUUAAGCAACAAGAGCAAACUCCUACUGGAGAGAAAUAUUAUGAAUGCAAUCUAUGUGGAAAAACCUUCAAAAGAAUUUCUAAUCGUACUUUACACAAGAGAAGUCAUGUGGGUAAGAAACAGUAUGAAUGUAAAGAAUGUAGUAAAGUCUUCAGUGAUUCCUCAACCUUAAGGAGACAUACACAAACUCACACUGGUGAGAAACCCUAUGAAUGUAGUUAUUGUGGAAAAGCCUUCAAUACAAGCUCUCACCUUAGAGUUCACAAUAAAUACAUACUGGAAAAAUCUGUAUGAAUGCAGUGAUUGUGGCAAAGUAUUUAGUUGUAUUUCAUACCUUAGCCUUAGAAUGCACAUGAGAACUCUCACUGGGGAGAAACCCUAUGACUGUGAGGAAUGUGGGAAAACCUUCAGUGUUUCUUAUUUCCUUAGGAGAUAUGUGAAAACUCACACUGAGGAGAAACCCUAUGAAUGUAUUCAGUGUGGAAAAGCCUUUAGUCAGAGCUCUUCACUUACUAUACACAAGAGAGUUCGUAAUGAAAAAGAAACCCUGUAAGAGCUAAAUGUGGAAUUGCCAUAUUAACUGUCUCAAGGUGGACUCCAACUUCAUCAGCUCAGCCUUUGUUCUCUAAAGUAUUCAAAAUCGUAAAUAGUCUUUCAAACACCCCUUUAGCUAGCUAGAUAGCACACUUGGUCUAGGUCUGUUUCUAAAUUUUGUCUGGUCAGUAUGACAUUUCUGACCCAUACUGUUUAGAAUGAUGAGUUUCUAAUGUAUGAUUUUCUGCUUCUUACUGUUGAUUUAUAAGCUACUUGCCUUAUGUUCAGAGUGGACUACAGUUUACUAUUUUACUGGUACUUUCUUGAGAGUUUCUUUCUGACCUUACGUGACAGAGUAGCCAACUGAAUA